GGAGAGCAAAGAUGGAUUCUUGAGAAACUUUUACGAUAAAAACGGCAGUUAUCAAAGUCCGAAAUUCGAAGCUUUCGAGCAUCGCGGAGGUCCUUCUGAAUUAUUUCGUCAACGUAUGCGACCUUGCGAGCGGCUAAAGAUGAUCGUGCAGGAGCCAGUGCAGGCAGCUAUAUGGCACUGCUUAAAUCAUUAUGCUUACCCAGAUGCGAUAUUCCUCGCUGAACGAUUAUUUGCUGAAGUGGACAAUGAAGAAACGUUAUUUCUACUUUCUACUUGCUAUUAUCGCUCCGGUCGCAUCAGACAAGCAGAGGCAUUACUUUCAAAGCGAUCGUUAAAUUCUCCACAGUGUAGAUUUCUUUUGGCAAAGUGUUGUUACGAUUUAGAAAAAUAUGCAGAAGCGGAAGCAGCUAUAGUGGGUGGCUAUUAUAAGCAAUUAAAGAAUUUUGAAGAAAUUGUCAAUCAAUUUGGGGAUCAAGCUUGUUUCUCCCUUCAAAUAAUAGCCAAAAUAUAUUAUCAAAUGACACGGACGGUUAAAGGAAACGAUGCUCACAAGCUGGCUUUAAAGCUAAAUCCUUUUUUAUGGCAUUCUUUCGAAGAAUUGUGUAAUACGGGUGAAAAAAUUGAUGCAAAUAAAAUAUUUCAAUUGGAUAAAUUAGAUAGCUUAUCUACGUGUAUUGGCAGUACACCAAUUUCUUAUUGUGUGCAAGAUUCAGAUCUCAUUGGAUCUAAUAACAAUGCCCCAAAUACUCCAGCACCUAAUAAUUGCAAUAACAUGACCCCUAUGCAAGGAACGAAUGGUUUAACUUCUAAUAUCAGACUUCAUUCGUCAAUUGAAGAAAGUCCACAAAAUUUAUCAAGCCAUUUUAAUACUUGUUCGACCAUGUCCCCUCGUGGAAAACUACCUCGUUAUCGAAGUUUGUUUAGUAAUUCAAUGAGUCCUUUGACACCAAGUUUUGGAAUCUUACCUUUAGACAUAAAUACUCCCGAACCUCCUAUUUUAGCCGUACAUCCAACACUUACGGAAGCAAAUGAUCAAAAAAGCUUAGCUAAGCGAGUUAGCAGUAUAAAUGCCCAUGUUGGGCAAUUAUUGUCAAGGAAAGAAACUCCGUUACAACAGGGCAAAUUAGUAUUUUCACAGUCCGGUAAUACAAGUAAUACGGCAAAUAUUGUUACAGUUACUCCAGCGACACCUGUACCUCCUCAGCCAACGCUUCAAGGUCCUAAUGUAAGGAGAUCAUCGAGACUUUUUAGUCACAGUUACUCAGUAAAAGAAAAUAAUAAAUCUCCGAAUCGAAAUAAAUUUACAACUCCAAAAUCACCAUCUCGUAAAACCAAAACAAGACUGUCAAAAAGUAAUCUUAGUAAAUCUAGUUUCAAUGAUUUGAAUGAAAAAAAUAGAAGCGAAAAGGAAAAAAGCGAAACAAUUACUUCAGAGAAAAUUGUAGCAAAUACCAAUGUUUUAAAUCAAAGUAAUACAAUGUAUGCGAGUCCGAUAACAAUUCAAAAGCACUCUGCAGAAGGUUUGAUGUCCUUGCUAAGGCAGCUCGGUAUGGCAUAUCAAAAUUUAUGUCAGUUUAAUUGUAUCGAAGCAGUUGAAACAUUGACCAUUUUGCCAGGACAUCAUUACAAUACUGGAUGGAUAUUAUCAAUGCUAGCGAAAGCACAUUUUGAAAUGAUCGAUUAUAAAAAAGCAGCAAGUUAUUUCGCACAAGUAAGGACAUUAGAGCCUCAUCGAACAGAGUUAAUGGAAAUUUAUAGUACUGUAUUGUGGCAUUUACACGCAGAAGUACAACUUUCGACUUUAGCUCAAGAUCUUGUAGCUGAAAAUCGAAAUUCCCCAGCUGCGUGGUGUGCAACUGGUAAUUUGUUUUCUGCUCAAACCGAACACGAGACUGCUAUUAAAUUCUUUCAAAGGGCUAUUCAAGUGAAUCCUAGUUUUCCAUAUGCAUAUACGCUUCUUGGUCAUGAAUAUGUAAUUACCGAAGAAUUGGACAAAGCUAUUACAGCUUUUAGAAAUGCUAUUAGACUUGAUCCUAGACAUUAUAAUGCCUGGUUUGGGCUAGGCACUAUUUUUUCAAAACAAGAGCAGUAUAGUUUAGCAGAAUUACAUUUUAAAAGGGCAUUACAAAUAAAUCCUCAUAAUUCCGCGAUAAUGUGCCACAUAGGCGUUGUUCAACAUGCCUUAAAAAAAGUUGAUCAAGCUCUAAAGACAUUAAACAAGGCAAUCGAAGAUGAUCCUGACAAUACGUUGUGCAAGUUUCAUCGUGCGAGUAUUAAUUUCUCUAUUGGUAGAAAUACAGAAGCUCUCAAUGAGUUUGAAGAACUGAAAAAUAUUGUACCCAAAGAGCCACUAGUCUAUUAUUCUAUAGGAAAAAUUCAUAAAAAAUUAGGAAAUACCCACCUUGCAUUGAUGUACUUUAGUUGGGCGACAGAUUUGGAUCCUAAAGGUGUUAAUAGUCAAAUCAAGGAAGCUAUUCUCAGCCCUGGACAAGGCGAAGAUGAAUCUCUUGUAACACAAUCAGAUGAGCCAACGCACAAUAGUUCAACAGAGCAAGAAGGGGAGGCAAGUGGCGAAGCAAGUGCCGAAGGCAGUGGUAUUGCUGGCAAUAUGACAGUCGACGCUCACGCGGAUGAUAGCGAUGACAGUUUAUGAAGCUUCGAACUGUUCAAAACUCUAAAACUGUUGAGUGAUACUAUCAUAUGCGCCAUUUUAAUUUGUGAUGACCCGCCGUACUAGAGUGUGUGAAACGACAAUGAAACAAAAUUUGGACUUAUUAAAUAGAAAUUAUUAGUAUGUUAAUUGAAUAUUGGACGGCAAUUCUACGCGCUUAGUAGAGAUAUUAAAUUACCGUACCAUGCCUUGUUCAAUUGAAAUUAGUGGCACGGAAUUAACAUCCGAUUAAAUAACUUUAUUAUUA